GCCGCCAUUUUGCUUGUGGGCUGCCGCCCGCCGUUCCCUCUCCACCGCGGCUAGAAGACAGCCAACUGGAGGCAGAGCGGUGGACAGAAUCGCCGUCUAUUUCACAAGAGAUGCAUUCAACAAUUCACCGAAGGUUUGGGAAAGUUUCGGUAUUUGAUGGGAUUGGUUCUUUAUCCCCUUUCCCUGAGUAGCUCUCAAAUCUGGAUAUCGGUGAGCUGGGGCGCGCCACUGCUGGGUGGAAGGAUAAUGAUUGGAGGCCCUGGAAAGACACCCCACCCCAUGCACUUUCUCCCACUCCCAAAACCACCUCAGCCCUGGUCUGCCCUUCUCCCUCCCCCUCCUCAGUCUAGCCUCCAGCGCGGGAUGAACUCGGUUGGGGUGUCACUCGACGCCCACUAGGGGCUGAGGCGGUUCCAGUGCGCAGGCUCCGAGCACCGGAUAAAAGCGGAGCUGGCGAGUCCAGCGCCGUCUCGAUGGAGGAGCGAGAAACGGAAGAGGUCGGGGGGAGAAGCAGCAGGAAAAAUACAGCCACCGUCAGCGCCGCCUCCCUGCCACCGUGUAUCGGGCUCCACAGCCUCCCGGAGCCCUUGGUAAGCGGAGUCGGGAGAGGCAGAGGCGGUCCGUGCAGCCAAUCAGUGCCCGAGGUGUUCUGUUGGGCGUGUCGUGAUUGGCUAGCGGUGACCUCAUGCUGCAGCAGCGGGCGGGGCCAGAGCCGUCGGGGGAGGCUGUUGCGGAGAGAGAGCAGUGACGAUGGUGUUCAUUGCUGCCGCGGCCGGUGUGGAACCCAAGCGGUGGCGAAGGGAAUCUCAAGGCUUUUCCUUGACUAUUUUCUCCUGUCCCUGCGGGAGGGAAAAUGGAGAUGAAUGAAGAGCUAGACAGGCCUCUUCCCAGGUUACCCUACCCUUUCCAGGUUACUCUUCCCUUUCCCUUCACACUCUUCACUUUGCCCUUCAACAGGCAGGGCAAAGAGAAAUUUGAAAACCUGGCUGAAAGGCACUUUGAAUAGAAAUCAGUAGAGACAAAUUACAAAUUGCUCAGUAUAAAGCAUGAGGGUUUUGUUUUUGUUUUUAAUUGAGGGGCUAAAAAUACAGCUGCUUAAUUGUCAUAAACUGCAUCGUACUCUUUCUGGGAUGGCCUUUUGGCUUGAGUCCGUUACUGAUUAUGUAUCUUGUAGCACUGUGGGAACUGCAUUAUCAGAACAGUUUUAAAGUCACAGCUUGCGUAUUUGGUGCCCUCUAGUGCACUAUUUUCAAAUGACAAAAGCAUAGUUUAUCGGUGCCAAGCUGUUAACUGAAGAGGAUAAAAUGUACAUUUCAAUCCACCUUCCCAGUGUGAUUGAUCUUGUUUCUUUUCCUGACAUCCAAAGACACUGAUUCCUCUCUGCACAUACACAUUAUUUCAUAUCAUGACACUCACUAGGCUGUGACCUUGCACUAACUAGUUCCUUAAUCUCUGGGCUUCAAUUUCCUCAUCUGUAAAACGAGGAUGAUAAUCGUCAGAACUGUAAUGUGGACGCCCUGCACACACGGGGGGCACACUCACUGCUAGCUAUCUUUUUUUUACAUUUAAUAGAUCAGUCGAUACUAAACAUGCUUGAAGACAGUAAUCAAUCUUGACUCAGGUAUCAUAAUCUGGUGGUUGGGGAAUGUGAAGAACGUUAAUGAGUAGCUUAAAAGAUAAAGAACAGAAGUCUAGGUGUGAUUCUCAUCUCUGGUCCCAUGUUACUGAGUCAGUUCAUUGCAAUUCUCAAGUCUGGAAGCAUGGUAAAUUUCUCUGCAUCCUUCACAGUACCUGUAAUUACAUACCCUUAAGAAAUAUUUGUCUUGUUUUAAUGUUCAAGGUAAAUGGUGUUCUGGUUGAACCUAGAAAAUACAGAAAAUGCUGAAUGAUAGAAAAUAGUUAGUUUAAAGGUUUAAAGAUUUGGAUUCAAACUUGUUUUG